GAGACAGUCGUGUUGGCCAGGGGUAGACCUGGUACUCGCUAACGUGAGUUAGUGCUCCGUUGUUUUCUUUAGUAAAAUAGUAUCUUUUUGGCAGAGAAUUUGUUAUACGAGGACUAGGGGUUUACAAACUGCAUUCGGAAUACCCCCAUAGCGUUGAAAAGGAGCCAAAUCGUCGGGAAAAAUCUUGACCACCGAAGGAAUGGGCCAAAAUAGGUUUCACCGCUUGUAAAGUAUCGCUGACAUCCUCAAGGACACGCGAGUAAAACGCGCAGCAUUUUUGCCACACUUUGGCGGUAAAAUCGCGCACUUACCCCGCCAAGCAUGUACGGUUUACUGCUGGAGAGCAUCAACGACUACCUGAAGGGAGCCUACGGGGAGGCGGUAUGGAAGCUCAUCAGAGAGCGGGCCAACGUCCCGCAUCACUCCUUUGUGACUCAUCAGGUUUACUCGGAGACUGUGAUCCCUCGCCUGGCCAAGGCGGCGUCCGAAGUGACUGGGAUGAACCAUGACGAGCUGAUGGACGUGUUCGGGAUCAGUUUCGUGACGUUCGUGGGGCAGUACGGCUACGACAGGAUCCUGCGGGUACUCGGCCGCCAGCUCCGGGACUUCCUCAACGGCCUCGACAACCUGCACGAGUACCUGCGCUUCAGUUACCCGAAGUUACAACCGCCGAGUUUCUUCUGUGAGGAAGAGACGGCCACAGGGCUGACCCUCCACUACCGGAGCCGCCGGAAGGGCUUCAUCCACUACGUGAAGGGCGAACUCCGCCAGGUCGGCAAACAAUUCUACCAGACCGACAUAGAGGUGGAGGUACUGAACCACGACGAGACGGACGAUCAAACACACAUCGUCUUCAGGCUACAUUUCGACAACACCGCCUUCAAACAGAACCAGCAGGCGGACUUACGUCAGGAGGAGGAGCUGCUGCCUGUGCGCAGUGAACUGUUCUUCGAGGUGUUCCCGUUCAACGUGGUCUUCACGCAGGACAUGGUGAUCCGUAAUGUCGGGGUGGGGCUGGAGGCUAUCAUGUCUGACCUAGAGGGGAAGAAGAUCAACGACUGCUUCCGGGUCGUCCGACCUCUGGUGGAGUUCACGUGGGACAACGUCUUGUCUCAUACUAACAACCUGUUUGAGCUGAUCUCGCGAGACCCCAUCACGAGAGGUGGCGGGUACGGGAGAAACUCCGGAAGCGAGCCCCUGUACAAGAAGAUUCAAAUGAAUCUUACAGGUUCUCUACAAAGAACACAAGCCAAGCACCAACUAAGCCAUGCGCAACACGGUCACCAUAACGGGGAAGGUGAAGAACCACGAGAAGGGGAGGAGGAAGACCGUAAGGCGCUGGACACCUCCCUGGAACUGCUGGCUUACCAAAGCAUCACCGAUGCUGCCCAGGAAGGAGUGGACGGCAUCGAAGGAGCCUCCAGCAACUGUCUCACACUGAAGGGACAGAUGAUGUUCAUGAAGGAAUGGGACUCCGUCAUAUUCAUCGGAACUCCGAUUAUGGAGAACCUGGAGGCGAUGUACCGGAUCGGGCUGUUCAUCAACGACCUGAGUAUGCACGACUCCAGCCGGGACCUGGUGCUCACCGGCACCCAGCAGUCAGCAGAGCUCAAACUCGCGCUCGAUCAGGAGCAGCAAAAGAGCUCCAAGCUAGAGGAGAGCAUGCGGCAGCUGGACCAGGAGAUGAAGAAGACGGACGAGCUGCUGUAUCAGAUGAUACCGAAGACCGUGGCCGACCGACUGCGUCGCGGAGAGCCGUCCGUUGAAACUUGCGAGGUUUGCGACCUUUUGCGACACUUCGACUUCAAGUCCGCAUGGGCCCUACAGCAAACAUGCGAGGUGUUCCAAGAGGUCACGAUCCUAUUCAGUGAUGUGGUCGGCUUUACCAAGAUCUGUAGCCGCAUCACACCCAUGCAGGUUGUAUCCAUGCUCAACUCCAUGUACACCCUGUUUGACCAGCUUAGCGAGAAAAACCAAGUGUACAAGGUUGAAACUAUCGGCGAUGCCUACAUGGUGGUCUCCGGUGCCCCGACCACCACCAAGUACCACGCGCACCACGUGUGUGACAUGGCGCUGGACAUGAUCAGGUCCAUGGAACAUCUGAAAGAUCCGUCCACGAACGAGAACCUCCACAUCCGAGUCGGAGUGCACUCCGGUAUGGUAGUGGCAGGUGUGGUGGGCCUGAAGAUGCCCCGAUGGUGUCUGUUUGGAGAGACAGUCAACACAGCAUCAUACAUGGAAGCCAGUGGCGAGGGCAUGCAUGUCCACAUCAGCCAGGUGACAAAGGACUAUCUACAGGGACAGCCGUACAUUAUCGAGGAACGCGGAUCCAUCCCCGCCAAGACAACCAGCCAGGCAAACGAGAUAAGGAUUCAGCUUGGCGAGGGGAAUGAGUUGAUGAAGACCUACUGGCUGAAGGGGAAGUUGAGGAAUGACGGAGGAGAGUCGGUCGUGUCUCCCCCGGUGGAGGAGGCGGACUCCACCAAGAGCGAGGCCGGCUCCGGUCCGGUGACGCCGCAGCUCAACUUCACCCCCAUGGUCGUCAACAAGGACAAGGCGAAGGACGCGGAGGGAGACUCUCCGGACGACAAGAGCCACCAGCCGGAGACAGUCGGGGCUACGGGAGGAGACAACACAAGCAAUGACGGCGUCGAGCUGGAAAAUGCAGAAGAGGAGGAAAAGGAAGGACAUAACCUCCGCAGGCUGUUCAGGGCCAAGAACAGCAGCGUGUGCCGUAUCUCCUGAGCGGCGCGGUUUCGUUAGGCCACAGCAAGUAAACUUUAUGGAUGACAUCCUCCACAGACUCCAAUUCUAAUGCGACAGGGUGAGAAAAACAAGGCGGGCCAAUAAAAACAAGAUUCCUACGUUUUCAAUUUUGACAUCAUCAUAAACUUGUUUUAUUCGCACGCUCGCAUCGGUUUUGGGGUAUCCAGAGGAUGUCAUCCAUAUAAUCAAAUCAACAUGGCCCAAUUCAGUGUCAAUGUCAAUACGUCCAACUUCAUGAGUAUGUCAUCACCUGUAUUUUGACGAUAUGCCCACGGGUUGACGCAAUGAAAACGAUUCGUGCACUGGUUCUUACCGUAUCCAGUGUGUGAGGAUGCCAGUAUACAAAAAUUUAGAAGUGCCCAAUAGACUCUUGGCAGUACACCACAGACAACACACUAUAUUUCUUGCAUCAGCGAAGUCUUACAUCAAAAGUGAUCCAAUUAUACUAUUCCACCACAAUGUUUUGAAGAUACUUUACAGCUCAUCUUGACUUAGGGCUAUUUUGUUAUGUCUUGAUGAGUACCAGAUAUACCUGGCCUGGAUUUGAAAUGCUUUUGAUAUCUCUAAAGCUUGGGAACAUACAGUGAAAGGGCCCUCUAAAUGUAGACUAAAUAUGACUGUUGAAAUAUCAUACAUUUAUUAUGAAUAAUAACUUUCUAAAUUCUAUCUGUUAAAUAUAGCAGUGAUGGUUGUCUGAACUCUAUGUCGCAUUGUAUAUCAACGUACGUUAUCUUACGUCUACCAUGAGGGCUUUAAUUAACUGUAAUAUAUGAAAUAUAUGUCCCUGUGUAGAAUAUCUCCCAGUGGUGUGGUCUGUACCUAUGUGUCUUACGGCAAAGUAUUAUGUCUAAUAUGAGGGCUUAUGAUAAGUAUACUUAAAAUGUAUAUGAGAAAUAUAUAACUGUGUAGAAUGUUGACCCGUGGCUUGAUAUCGAAUUUGAUUUUCUCCACGUUUGAAAGAAGUAACUAGAGUAACGUUUGUUUGAAAUGAAGCCGCAUCGCAACAAAAUCUGUCUGAACAUUAAAUGAUUAUUGUUGCUGUACCGGACGGAUUUCAUUUCUUACGUGAACAAGCAUGUGGAGGUUAUCCGUUUUCGUGUAUUGUUGUGGAAAUUGGUCUUUCCACUAAAUAGUUAAAGAUAGGAAACGAUAUAUAUGCAAUUUGACCACGUUCAAUGUCGUAUUGUUUCAGUAUCUUGUAUAUCGUAAUUAAUGAUAUCGACUUUGUACGUUUUAUCGAUAAUCAUCAUGGUAGGACAUGGGUGUGAUAUUUUGUGGGA